AUGAUUGACUUUACUAAAAGCAACAACACUUUGUGUUUUGGGAAAUCAUCUUGUCCUAAUGGCGGUACUUGCAGCCAUGUUGACUUGUGUAGCUGUCCACGUGGCUUUUCAUCACCAAAGUGUAAUGAUAUUGACGAAUGCAGCAGUGGCACACAUGAAUGUCAACAUAAUUGUGUUAAUACUCAUGGCUCUUACACUUGUACAUGCAGAGCUGGUUUUAUUCUGAGCUGGGAUCGCAAGUCUUGUUUAGAAAUCACAGCACUUCGUGCUGCGUGUCAUUGUGAUAUAGCAAAUUCCACGGCUUUUCAAGUUACAGCAUACCUUUUUGUUAAAGAUAUUGACGAAUGUAGCAGCAACUCACAUGGAUGUCAACAUGAUUGUGUAAAUACUUACGGCUCUUACCGUUGUACAUGCAGUGCUGGUUUUACUUUAAACUCGGAUCUCAAGUCAUGUCCAGAUAUUGAGGAAUGUAAAAACAGCGUUCAUGGGUGUAAACAUAAUUGUGUAAAUACUCAUGGCUCUUACCGUUGUACAUGCAGAGAUGGCUUUUAUCUGAGCUCUGAUUUAAAGUCUUGUCUAGAUAUUGACGAAUGUAGCGGCAGCACACAUGGAUGUCAACAUAAUUGUGUCAAUUCUCAAGGCUCUUACCGUUGUACAUGCAGAGAUGGCUUUAUCCUGGAUCCGGAUCUCAAGUCUUGUCUAAAUGUCUUUGCUAUUAUUGUUGGUCCGGUAUUGGGAGCUGUUGCCAUCUUCGUAACAGUGGUAUUGGUGAUAGUUUGUGCAUUUAAUAGAAGGAAAUGGUGGCCAAACAAAGUGUCUUCAAACGGAUCAGGAGAAGGUUUGGAAUUAUCUAACUUGAAUCGGAAUGACCUGUUUGUGGAUUUUAGCAAGAAGACUCCCUGUUCUACCUUUUUAAAAAUCGCGAACGAUGGCCGUACGUUUUCGAAUAUGCCCAGUGGAAAGAACAUUAAUUCGAAAUCUACAUACAUGGGUGAAAAUUACGAGCCGUAUUUACCCAAUCAGUGUUAACUGACGUUUGUUGCUAUAUAUCCAGUGCUAGAUUCGAAAGUUAGAAACAUACAAGUAUACUUCCCAGAUGCUUAACGCAAAUAUUUCCUUUUUCAGUUUUUUCAGUGAACUUCGCUUCAUAAUUAUCCCCUUAUUUUUCAGUAAUAACUCAAUUUUAGUUUUAAAUUUGAUAUAAAUUAAAUAAUUAUAAUUGUUCAUUAUUGGUAACAAGUGUAUAUCUUGUUAAAGAAGAGAAAGGUAAAAUAUCAAAUAGCAAUAUGAAUUACGACUGAAACAGAAAAUAUAUAGCAACAUUGUAAAUACAACGAAAAUACUGAAUCGUAUUUUUAUAGAUUUAAAAAUGUUAUUUCAAAUAUUGAAUAGACUACUCCUAUAAGUAAAAUCUUAUGAUUCGGAAAAAUCGCCAAAUAACGCAUACAAGUUCUGAUGUACAAGGACUCUGAAAACAAAAUUUACUCACGAAGAUAUAGGACAAAACUGUGUAUCAUCCAAAUAUGUUUCGUGUUCCAGUGAAAACCAUUAGAUAGAGAGACAUAGAAUCCCUAAAGCACUUCCAAAAGGGUAAAAUUGAAAAAUUGUAAUCUCAGUUAGAUUGAGCCUAUACAUGGACAGUGCUUGUCACCGUCCCUCUAACACCGGCUUAAGCAGAAUUCAACAUUAAA